GAGACAUUGUUAUAUAAUAUAAAUGGAUGAGAGCACAUGAUUUUGGUGGCUUCUGUAGAAAGUGAUCAUGUAGCUUACCAAUAUCAUGAAUUUCUCACAUUCUUCUCCUUUUCACAUUAUUCUUCUCUACAUAUUUCAUAUCAACAAUAUUCAAGCUCAUGUGGUGAACUCGAACUCAAACCAAAUGCAAAUACUAGUCAUUACGGGUGGUAGUUCUGGACAAGAACUCAUCUUUCGACACUCUAGUAAACUUGUGCAUGGAUAUGCCGACUUCCGAUUUCUACUCAUCGCGUUCAAAUUAUGAAACGAGAUUGCAACUGAUCAUGAAGGAGAUGGACUCCGGUAAUAACGCGCUUGAUCAUAAUUUGGCAAGAAAUGAAACACAGGCUACUGGAUUUGCAAUAGAUGUCUUCCUCCAAGCACUGAUCCAGUUGCCUUUCUCGGUCAACUACACAUUUUGUUGCAUUAAUUCUAGCACAGGACAAAUUUUGGAUUUCGACAUUAUUCUCCAGAACAAAUUGAAGGAUAUUUGUGGCGGAUACUACAAUUUGGGCACCACGAGCAGAUUAUAUGGAUUUCUCGCCACCAUAUUCAGAAUCAGGGAUUGUUCUGGUAGUGAAAAACAAGAAACCAUUUGCCCUUGAGAUGGGGUGGCAAUUGUUGUAGCCACUAUGUUGAUGGGGAUACUUGCUCACAUACUCGAAAAUCAAGGAUACUGCUCUCCAAUACUAAAUCUUGCCUUCCAAGACAGUACCAUUCUAUCUUAUUUUCUAAAAUGGCAGGUUGCUUUGCUUUUAUGUCUUCAUCUCUCGUUUUUGACAGGGAAUAUGGUCUCAACAACUGGUCAGUUAUUGUGCUUGUGUUCUGGCUGUUCAUACUGAUGCAGAGCUUCACAGCUAACUUAUCGGCAAUUCUAACACUUGAUCAAUUGAAAUUUUCAUUUUCUGAAGAUUACUAUAUGGGCUACCAAGAGGGUUCCUUCAGUGAAUCAAAUCUGAGGAGCUACUCAUCUGUCCAGGGAUUCCACGACGCUAUGUGCAGUGUAAAGGAAGCAAGAAUAGAUGCCAUAUUCCUUACAUGAAGCUUUUAUUGAAUCGAUACAAAUCUCAGUACAAAAUUCUUGGACAAUAGCCAUGGUUUCGGAUUUGUAAGCAUUCCAAAAAUCUUUUCCUUGAAAUCAAAACAAGAAGAUGUUAUGAUGAAUGUUAAUCUGCAGGCGUUUCCACCGGAGUCUCCCUUAGUUGGGCAUUUCUCAAAAGCCAUAUUGAAGUCCGAUAAUGACUUGUAUAGUAGAAGGAAAGGAAACUUGGGGCCAGGCUAUUCAUCACAAGAUCCAUUGUCAUAUUCAGCCAGUUAUUUCGCAAGGGACCUCCAGCCUUACUCUCCAAGAAUUUGCAGGAUUAUUCCUUCUUACUGCGUUGUUUGCUCUCUUCUGCUUCAACACAUCUAUUGGACAAAAACUCACUCAUACCACGCAACACUUGGGAGUUGGGACUGACGAAUUGGCUCACACCAAUGCCAGUGUUCCUCCACCUCCCCCCACAUAACAACUUUCUGAGUCAAAAUACAGGACAAGGAAUCCCGUGACUGAUCAGGGAUGAGUGGCAACACAUAUAUAUGUUCAACAUUAUAUUUCUAUUUGCAUUUCAAAUAAGGAUCUUCAAGAAAUAUAUAUAUAUAUUUGCAUUUCAUACAAGGAAAUAUACGCACAAUUUCUCUAUUUUUAAAGGACCCAAAUUAUUCUUUUGUUCAAA